CUGCUUGUAGACGCGCGCGCUGUGAGUGGCGACGCUCCCCAAACAAAGAGCUAGGACACGCGCAUACACACGCGGGGAUCAUCAUCACCACCACUGCUGCAGCAGCACAGAAACACACACACACACACCUCCAGUGCAGCCGGCAAACUCUCCUCAACUUGCAGCAAGCAUGACGUCUAACGGAACCAGCGACAUGCUGACGAUCCAAUUCGGACUCAUCAAUUGUGGAAACAAGUAUCUUACAGCUGAGUCGUUCGGGUUUAAGAUCAACGCCUCCGCCACGAGCAUGAAGAAGAAGCAGAUCUGGACGCUGGAGCAGGAUGGUGAUGACUCGAACACGUUCUUCUUGAAGAGCCACCUGGGCCGCUACAUCGCCGCUGAUAAGGAUGGCAACGUGACCGGAGACACCGAGGCGCCGAAUGAUGACUGUCGGUUCGUGGUGACUGCGCACGACGAUGGUCGUUGGUCACUGCAGUCCGAGCCGCACCGGCGUUACCUGGGCGGCACUGAGGACCGCAUCAUAUGCUUUGCGCAGAGCGCGGGCCACGCGGAGAAAUGGAGCGUGCACAUCGCCAUGCACCCGCAACUCAACCUGUUCAGCGUGACGCGCAAAAGGUAUGCGCACCUGAGCGCCAAGGACGACGAGGUGGCCAUCGACCGCGACGUGCCUUGGGGCGUAGACUCGCUCAUCACACUCGUCUUCCAUGACCAGAAGUAUCAUCUGCAGACCUCGGAUAACCGCUUCAUCAAAAACGAUGGCACGCUGGCGCAGGAACCCGACAAGAGCACCGGCUAUACGCUCGAGUUCCGUUCUGGGAAGGUAGCCUUCCGGGAUGGGAUGGGGAAAUACCUGGCCCCCUCCGGACCCAGUGGCACCAUGAAGUCCGGCAAGAGCACCAAAGUAGGCAAGGACGAGCUGUUCGUCCUGGAACAGAGCCACCCUCAAGUAGUGCUCACUGCUGCUAAUGAUAGGAAUGUGUCCGUCAGGCAAGGAAUGGACCUGUCUGCUAACCAGGAUGAAGAGAGUGAUCAGGAGACCUUUCAGAUGGAGAUGAGUAAAGAUACAAAGAAGUGUGCUUUCAGGACCUGCACUGGAAAGUACUGGACACUCACUUCUAAUGGUGGACUGCAGUGUACUGCUUCUACCAAGACUGCUAACUGCUAUUUCGAUAUCGAAUGGCAAGGCAAGAAAAUUACCCUCCGUGCCACCAAUGGAAAAUACGUGGCAGCCAAAAAGAAUGGGCAGCUAGCCGCUAGCAUCGAUUCUGCAGGAGAGUCUGAAGAGUUCCUGAUGAAGCUCAUUAACAGGCCCCUCAUUGUGUUGAGGGGAGAACAUGGCUUCAUUGGCUGCAGGAAGGUCACUGGGACCCUGGACUCGAACCGAUCCUCUUAUGAUGUCUUUCGCUUGGAGUUCCACAAUGGAGCCUACAGCCUCCAAGAUUCUACUGGGAAAUACUGGAUGGUAGGGAGCGAGUCUUCAGUUGUGAGCAGCAGCGAUACCCCUGUUGAUUUCUUCCUGGAGUUCUGUGACUACAGUAAGGUGGCAAUCAAGUCAAGUGAAGGGAAGUACCUGAAAGGAGAUCAUGCUGGUGUUCUGAAGGCCAAUGCUGAUGACCUGGAUAGCUCCACUAUGUGGGAGUACUAGAAGCCCUCAAGUGACCACCAUUUAUUUUAUUAUUUUUUUCUACAUAUUAAAUGUUUGUUUUUCCCACCAUGAGCACAAGUGGGUAGGAGAGUAAAGUGAAGGUCGAAGUGUUAAGUGGUUUUUGGUGGUUUAAAUAGACUCAAAUGAAGACUCUCUUUAAAGUAAGCAUAUUCAUACUCCAGCAUUCUGGUGCCAUGGAACUCUAGCAGUGUUAUGCAGAUUUCAUAGGCCAAAACUCAAUGUGUGUCUGUCGGCGCUAAGUUUCUAGGGGUUUUAUCUGGUCCCUAAAUUUCAUGUACUGUGGUAAAGUCUUGUGGUUUGUUAAAUGAUUUGACUGGAAUUAAAACUGAUACAGUCUGAAGAGAAGUGUGCACCCGUGUUCUCACAGGUUUGCUGGAUCUCCUCUGAUGGUGUUGGGUGGGGUUUUUUUUUUUUUUUGGGCCAUCCCUUUCCUUGUCUUUGCACAGUCCUGUAAGAGCCUCUUCUCUUUCAAUAUGUUUUAGGAGAAUGUUUAUUGAUGCCUUGUCAAACCCUGUGAGAAGUAACUUUUUGGUCAUUACCCUUCUCUAUAAUAUUGCCAGGUGUUUGAAUCUCAUUGACCAGAAGACUAAUGGCAAUAUUUAUUACUAGUUGUAUGAAUGUUGAUUUAUGACUGUCCUGCCAUACAUAGUUAUAAAGUGUGUCCUUUAACCACUGGAAUGUCCUGUUCUCGGCACUGAAGACGACCCUGACCUGUUCUCUCUCCCCCCCCCCCCCCCCUUUUUUUUUUCUUUAAAAAAAAGUAUGGCUAUGCUCGUAAUAGUGUGCUGGAUUUUUGCUUGUGCCGUUACAUUUCAUUUCCCUGUAAGAGAACUGUGACAAGAGGCCAAAUACAGUCCUUCAUCUCAACUCUGGUUAUGCAUCCUAAUGCCAAUGGGAGAAAAGUGUUAAGUGAAUUCCUGCAUCUGAAAGGGCGAGUUAUGAGAUGAGGCUGAUGUUUCUGAUCUGUCCAAUUCAGUAUGUUGUUGCAGGUUCAACACUAUAUAUUUAUGGAAAAUUUAAGGCCUACCUUGAGUCAAAUUGGAAAGGUCUGUGUUCACUGCACAUGUAGAACCAGUAUUGGAUUAAUCUGGAAACUGCACAACUGUUAAACUGGAAAAGUACCAUGUAACUGUUUUUGGUUCUGUUUUUUAUUUAAAAGGCACAGACAUUAUCAUACCAUUAUCUACACAACAUAAAUAUAUCCUAUCAAAUGUUUAUAACUAGAGAGAAGCAGCAGAACUAAUGAAUUAGGAGUAAGACUUGACAUUGCUUCCUGAUUUGUGUUAUUUGGCUACCAAUGAAAUUCUGUGGUUAUUGUGGUAAAGCUUUUGAACAUGGUCUUAUUGAAGAUGUUCUUACAAAUAGGCUACAUAGUAGGCGUUUGAUUAGAUUUUGUUGGUACUUUCUAAUAGGGUGACUGGUGCUGUUUCAGUGAGGAUGGUGCGACUACAUAAACACCAAAUGUUUCAUUCGUUAAAACAUUUAAUGUAGAAUAAAUUAGUACAGAAAUCCUAUCUACUUUCAGAAAGGUUUGUGAUGCCUGAGAUCACUCGUGCACACAAGGGAGUGGUAAUGACUGUGCCUUAUGGUCAUACUGGAAAAACACAACGUUCCACAUCUAUACUUUGUAAAACUUUACUGACUUUUUUUUUUUUUUUAAAUCUUUUGAUAUUAUGGUUGCUUUCCUUCAUGUGCCAUGGGUACAAAAGUAUGAUAAAUUGGAUUAUGAAACUC